AUGACCUCCGACCUCUUCCCGUUUUCCCGCCGGACGCAGGUCCUGGAUCAGCUGGAGGAGCACCUGCGGAAUUCCCAAUAUUUCCGCUUCCUGUGGUUCCCGCACACCGAGAACGUCCGGAUCAUCUACCAGGAUCCCACCAACCAGCCUCCCAGCUCCUCCUCCAGCUGGUUUUGGGAUUACGCCGUGGGAUAUCAUCUCCUGGAGUUCCUGCUCUGGAUCAGCUCCUUCUUCCCCGGGCUGGUGUCCUGGAUCAACCGCGCCUUCUUCCGGCUCCUCUUCAGCUCCCGCUCGGAGAGCGUCGACCGCAGCCACCGCAUCCUCAACUACGAGUGCCGCUUCCGCCAGCACGUCCAGGACUGGGCCAUCCCCAUCGGGAAAACCAAGGAGGCGCUGCUGGAGCUGAAGGCGGAGCUGGACCGGAAUCCCGGGAUCGGCGCUCACUUCCCGGUGGAGAUCCGCUUCUGCCGGCGGGACGAGAUCCCGCUGAGCCCCUGCUUCCGGCGGGACAGCUGCUACAUCAACGUCAUCAUGUACAGAUCCCACGGGAAGAACAUUCCGGAACACUCCCAGAAUUCCGGGAAUUCCACGGGAU